CCCUUUCUCUUUCCUCCCACUCAAACCUCUCCCUCCUUUUCUUUUUCUCUUCACUCACACUCUCUGCAUGUGCGUGCAAUGAACGACGAUUCUAACAAACGAGUCCGUGACGACGACGAGUCACCUGACUCACCUCACCGAGUCGACUCACCCGAGUCCAAGAUUCGCAGGGUCGAGUUGGUCUCGGAUGGGAACUCAAACUCAAACUCAAACUCGAGCUUGUCCGAGUCUGACCUUACCCGGGUUGACUCAGUGGAAUCGGUUCUCGACUCGGACGUGCAACUGCAGGAUGACAUUCUGAACAUGCUUGACGACACAGACAACGUGCCGGAGCGUGACUCGGUGCUGGGUCUCGACUCUGUCAUCAAGAGCUUUGAGGAUGAGAUACUAGCCUCGGGUUUGGAUCCGGGUCUGGUGGAAGUGUCGGGUUCUCCCGGCGAGUUGUUGCCGGAGAAUCUGGGCUAUCUUCUUGAGGCUUCAGAUGACGAGCUCGGGUUGCCGCCGACGGUGGCUCCGGAUGAGGAACCGGGUCGGGUUUGCCCGGAAGGGGUGGAUUUGACUGGUUUCGUGGGGUUUGAGGAUGAUGUUCCUAGCUACGAUGAGUUCGGGUUCGGAGCUGGGUGGCCGGUGGAGACUGACGGCGCCGACGCCGGUGACGGAGGGUUCGUGACGGGAGACGGGUUGUUUGAUUAUACGGAACCGGCGGGGGAUGUUUUGUGGCGGUCGGAGUCGUUGCAGGCCAUGUAGUUGUGGCGGGGGGUUGAAAAUGUAAAUCUAGGAAAAUGGUGGGGUUAAAAUAGAAGAAAAGGAAAAUGGGUAGUACAGAAACGUAGAUGAUGAUGUCAGUUAGAUUGUGAAAAGUUUGUAGGGUUAGGAUUUGUUUUGGUUCCUUUGUUUAAUUAAUUCAAUUGAAACAAACUGGCCCUCAGUUCAGAAAA